ACUUUAAGAAAGGAGUAGCUGUAAUCUGAAGCCUGCUGGACGCUGGGUUGGGAGGCAGCUAUUCACUCCUCUGCUUGCUAGAGCCCCCUCAGGGUGCAGGCUGAGAGGGACCUCGGCUGAGAGAGGAGCUGCAGCAGACCACAGUUUCAGGAUGCAGGCCCUGGUGCUACUCCUCUGGACUGGAGCCCUGCUCGGGUAUGGCAGCAGCCAGAAUGUCGCCGGCAGCUCUGAGGGCUCUCCAGCCCCUGACAGCACAGGGGAGCCAGUGGAGGAGGAGGACCCCUUCUUCAAGGUUCCUGUAAACAAGCUGGCAGCAGCCGUUUCCAACUUCGGCUAUGACCUGUACCGCCUGAGAUCCAGUGCCAGCCCAACUGCCAACGUUCUGCUGUCUCCACUCAGUGUGGCCACAGCCCUGUCUGCUCUUUCUCUGGGAGCUGAACAGCGAACAGAGUCUGUCAUACACCGGGCUCUUUACUACGACUUGAUCAGCAACCCUGACAUUCACGGCACCUACAAAGAACUCCUUGCCUCCGUGACUGCCCCUGAGAAGAGCUUCAAGAGUGCUUCCAGAAUUGUGUUUGAGAGGAAACUUCGAGUAAAAUCCAGCUUUGUUGCACCUCUGGAGAAGUCUUAUGGGACCAGGCCCAGAAUCCUCACUGGCAACCCUCGAAUAGACCUCCAGGAGAUUAACAACUGGGUGCAGGCCCAGAUGAAAGGGAAAAUCACUCGCUCCACAAGGGAAAUGCCCAGUGCCAUCAGCAUCCUCCUCCUCGGCGUGGCUUACUUCAAGGGGCAGUGGGUAACAAAGUUUGACUCGAGAAAGACGACCCUCCAGGAUUUUCACUUGGAUGAGGACAGGACUGUCAAAGUCCCCAUGAUGUCAGAACCCAAGGCCAUCUUACGAUAUGGCUUGGAUUCUGAUCUCAACUGCAAGAUUGCCCAGCUGCCCUUGACCGGACGCAUGAGCAUCAUCUUCUUCCUGCCCCUGAAGGUGACCCAGAACUUGACCAUGAUAGAGGAGAGCCUCACUUCUGAGUUCAUCCAUGACAUAGAUCGAGAACUGAAGACGAUAGAAGCCGUGCUGACCAUCCCCAAGCUCAAGCUGAGCUACGAAGGGGAAGUCACCAAGUCUCUGCAGGAGAUGAAACUACAGUCCUUGUUUGAGUCACCUGACUUCAGCAAGAUCACAGGCAAACCUGUCAAGCUCACCCAAGUGGAACACAGGGCUGCUUUUGAGUGGAAUGAGGGGGAAGACAGCAGCCCCAUCCCAGACCUCCAGCCUGUCCGCCUCACCUUCCCGCUAGACUAUCACCUUAACCAACCUUUCAUCUUUGUCCUGAGAGACUCAGACACAGGGGCCCUUCUCUUCAUAGGCAAAAUUCUGGACCCCAGGAGCACUUAGUGCUUCUACUCAGUGUGCUCAAGGAGAAAACCCUAGUGGGAUCGCCGAUUAUACAUUCCAGGAAGGCUGCCCUACAGCUUCAAUGUAUCCUUCGCAAUAAAAGAGCUUUUCCUUA